CUCGAACUGAAUAAGACCGUAUUGAAUUGUAAGGAAAGAAAUUUCAAUAUUUAUUACGGAUUAAUAGAAUAGCAGUCAAGUGAUUUCUCGUGUCUGGGAUUCUCAAUCAGUGUAUUUAUGUCGGAAGAUGUUUCAGGCACUAGCAUGGAUUCUUUCCAGAAUCCUGAAUUAAAACCUCUGGAGGAUUUGAAACUGACUGUAAAAAGUGAAGGUGUUAGUCAAAGUGUGCCUGCUCUGAACCCACGUUGGGUAGAAAAGCGUUAUUUUCUUUGUUACACUAAGCCACAGGUGUAUAAAAAAAACGGGGCUGAGAUUCCUGGUGCCAAAGAGCAAUGGCUAGAAAUAGUGGAUUAUAUCUCGGAAGAUCUUAAAUGGCUUUUGAAUCUACCUUAUUACAGGUUCUGGUCAAAUAUCUUAUACCAGAAAUCAAUAAGAAAAACUUUGUCUUCAUUCCUUCAAAACGCACCACCUUAUUACCUCAUAGAUCAUUUUCCCAAAAUCGCAGAAAUGAGGAGUGCUCUCGAUAAACUCUUUCACAUAGUUCUCCUAGUAUAUGUUCGUCUUGUUACAACCAAGGAAAGCCCAGAGAAUUAUAUGACUUCCUCAUUUCAUGGGAACAUGCUUUACAACAAUUAUAUACUAACUAUACCAGCUUUAUUAGAUCUAAGUCAAUUGUAUGGACGACAAAAUGCUAAAAUUGUCGAAAGAAUUAUGAAGAACCUCUUUGAGAUACAACCACUGUAUAACAGUGACCUUAAACAAUUCAGAGCACUUUUCUUUGCGAUGAUGCGAAGAAUGGAAAAGAAAUUUGACGAUCGUCGUGUCAUUUUACCUGGCAACGUUAUACGUAUUUCAGACACUAAAGGAUCGUCGUCAGAAAUGCAAUUGGACGGCAUAGAGAAGUUUGCUCUGACUAUGUUAGACGUAUUCUCAACAAUUACUGUGUUCCUAGAUAAUUAUCCACCAGCAGCCAAAUUAUUUAAUAGAGAUAAAAUUACAGCCAAGAUUGUUUCCUUUUACGGUAACACGGUGCCCGAGGUAUACAAUAAGCUAGUGGAUUUGGCGUACAAAGAUGAUUGCAUAGAAAAGUAUUUGAAACUUAAGCAUCUGCUGAAUGUAACCAGGAUAGAAAUUUUAAAGUUCUACCGAGCCAUUGUGUACAGUACCUUUAAAGACAUCAUUGAAGAUACGAAUUCACUGACAGAAGUCGAUAUAAGAAGUCAAGUAGACGAGUACUUCAAUCUUAUCACAAGGGCCUUGUCGGAGAAAAUAUUCAUUAAUGACUAUCAUCGACAUUAUCCGGUCGACUUGGAUAUAGACAUUCUUCAACAAACAUGCCCCAAGAUUGACUUGACAAGGUGCGAAUUUAUUCUACAGUCAGUUUGCGCAGGAGAAAAAGAAGUAGAGAAAAUACUUAACACUGCCAGUGAUAGCGACAAGGCUAUAGCGGGUCCUAGUAAAGUGCCUGAAGCUAGAGCCUCUACGUCUACAGGAGGAGCUUCCACUAGUAAGGCAAACAGUUCUGAUAGAACUGAGGUCGAGUUGGUCUCCUUCAUCUCUGAAGUGAAAGAUAUUCUAAAUCACCUUGACGAAGGAUUUAUCCAGAGAUGUCUCAAGCAUUACAAUUAUGAUACUGCGGCUGUGAUAAAUGCUGUACUAGAGGAUUCUGUACCCGCACAUCUCAAGGAGGACAAUUCCGUUGCGCCAAAGAUACCGCCCGAUCCGGAGGAAGCUUCGGUAGCCGUGGAUCUAGCCAUUGGUGCGCAAAGGUUAAACGUCUUUGAUAACGAUGAAUUUGACAUCAUGACCAAAGACGUUGUCGACACGAGUAGAAUACACAGAGGCAAAAGAAAAGACAAACAUAAAAAUUUAAACGAUUUACUGAACGAUAAGUCUCACAACAAGAAUCUUAAGGAUAUGUAUGCCAAGUACAGUAUAGUGACUGAUGACUAUGAUGAUGAAUAUGAUGAUACAUAUGAGAGUCAUGAUGCUGGCCUAAACGCAAGAGAUCUUUCUACAGAACAGGAUGUCAGACCCUUUACAACUCCCCGAAUCUUUCUUACCAGAGAUAGAAACGCGGCCGCAUCUGAGGACGAGGUUGACAGCGAAGACGAAGGUGCAGCACGGACACAAAAUGGGAAGGAUCAGUUUGUGCAUGAUCCUGCAGAGCUUCGGGCCAGGCAGGAGCAGCGUUGGCAAUCUAAACGAGGAGGUAGAGGAGGAACAACUCAGUCAAACCGCAGAGAUGUUGUUGGUAAACCUAAGGGUCAAGGACAGGAUACUGCGGUUUUGACGAAUAGGGAUAAUAAAAAUACAAAUAAAGCUACGCGCGCCAAUCACAACCGACGUACUGGCGCUCAAUGGAAAAGAAGACAAGGAAUGGUUCCAUCUUAAACAAAACCGAUAUUUCUUGAAGAGACAGUUAUUUUGUAUCAGCAUAACUGAACCCGAGGUUCAAACAGGAGGUUAUAAAUAAAAACGCUGAUUUACCUUAUA